GAUACUUUGACGUCUCAACAAGCACGCUUUUCGCCUAAUUCAGGGUCCGUCACACAACAUCGAUCCUGUGCCACCCAUCCGAAGCACAGAUCUGAUGGUAGACCACUGCGUCAUCUCGGAGGUUUUCUAGACGAGGUGUGUUUCUUUGAACAUGCUGCACGUCAUGCCAAUUAGUUUUGGAUUCUUUGGUGUUCUUGGUGGUUUCAUAGCAUUUGCAAUGUUUUCCUGUGUGGAGGGAGAGGGCAAUGAGUUUCCAGCCUGGACGAGAGGACCAGAAAUCCAACUCAGCCACCUUACACAUCAACGAAGCAGACCGUUUCGCAGCCUACACAUGGACCAGCCCCAGUGACAUCAAAUCUCUCCAACGGCAGUACUACAUGCAGCAGGAUUACUG